AUGUUCAAAUACACUCCUCCAUGGCAAGUGUUGUGCAGCAGUUUGGAGCAUGAAAAUAAGAGACAAUCAACACUGCUGUGCAGUCCUUGGAAUGUACAAAUACCAGAAGAGGAGACAAUUCUGAGCUACUCACACCAGCCUGUAACAUCAUCAAUCCCUGUAGGUGCUGAAGACCACCCAUCAUCCAGAAUUACCAUGGGUAGUACUCCUAAACGAUGGGUGAUGAAACCCCUGUCACCUAAACUAGAAAAAUCAGACUUGCGGGCCAUUUUGAGCCCUGGAAGCGAACCAUAUUCCUCAGAGACAAGCUGGCGUCACAGUCGCGGUGGAGAUUCUCUUGCAUUCAGCUUUGAUAACAUCUCAGUUGGUCGUGUCAAGUCCUCCGUGAUAGUGUCAUCCCUGAAUGGAAAGGGUAACGGGGAUGUUGUGGUCCAUGCCCGGCAGGUGGCUGUAUGUGAGGAAGACAGCACCAGUGAAGAUGGGCUGCCCAGCAUUCCAAGCAGCCCUAGUUCUUCAUGUAGUGCAGACUGCCAUGUGGGUUUCUACUCCUUUGUAGAUGACCCAGGAAGCCCAGAGGCUGAGAGAAAUGAGGCCUACAUGAUGUCACCUGAGAGACAGACUAAGCUGUCCACUUUGAAGAAGAAGAGUGGGUUUAAGUUGCAGACCUACACAGACGAAAGAAGACCUGAAAAGCUGUUCCAAGAAACAAAUGGAGAUUCCAAUUAUCAAGUCACUGACACAUUAGCAGAAAAUGAGGAGGAGGACAAGCCAGAUCGAAUGGAGAUCAUCCGGAGCCAGGCACCCAAAAAUAACCUCAAAGAACAGUGGAGUUCCCUGGAGAACCUGGAUGUUAGUGAUUCUUCUCAGAAUUUGGUUGAGGGAUUUAGUCUGUGCUACAGUCCUGUCAGCACAAAGCAGCCUCUCAUGUCUAAAGCAGAGCCGGGUACCAUCGACAACCAGCAGAUCGACUUUAACGCAGCACUGAAACAAUUCUUAUCAAUGGAGCACUCUAAGCAAAACCCUUUCAAGAAUAGCUCUCAACAACUGCCACAAUCUCCAAAGCUCCGAGCAAGAUCUUUGUCAGCAGGAGCUAGAGUUUUCACUAAAGAAGACAGCAAGAAUAAAAACCUAAAAGAUGACUCUAGGCAGAUUCAAGACCUCUGGGAGAGACCAGAUGAAGCAAGGAUACCUACCAUCAAAGAGGAACCAGAAUUCAAAGCGGAACCAGACAAGGUUCAAAGUAGCCUAGACCUAGACUUAGGUCUUGGCAGCCAAGGUCUGGGUAGCACAAUUGAUAAAAGUUUCCCCACCAUGUCUCCCACUUUAGAGAUGACAAGUAGUUCAUCUCUGGCUAGCAUGAAUGAAACGCCUAUUGAGAGGGAGAUCCGAUUAGCUCAGGAACGAGAGGAAGACUUGCGCCGAUCACGGGGAAUAUUUCGCCAAGACACAACAGAAAUGGUUGAGAUUAGGACCAAGCCAAUUCUGUCUCAGCCAUCCCCACAGACAAAGCCUAUCAAAGAUUCUAACAGAAUGAGUUUACUUAUUCAACGUGAGAUAGAAAGAGAAAAUAGGAGUACGGAGCCUUACAAGCAAAAGACUCUUGGUGACAAGAAUGGAACCGGAGCUCUAUCAGACCAGAUGCAGAAUAUAUCCCUGAGUCCCGGUGCCAGAGUACCUUUCACAGGUAAACCUAUAACUGUUGAGGACACGCCAAUUACAAAGAGUUCUAUUACUGCACAAAAGAACGACGUCCUGAAGUCUGAAGAAACUCUCUCUCUAUGCUGUCCCCAUCGACACCAAGAUGAGACAGUAAUUCCCAAUAACUCAAAUCAAAACCAGCCAAAAAAGUCAAGAAGAUUAUUUACCCAUGCUGACUCGCUGUCUACACCAACUUGGAGAUCUAAUUCCGAGAUCUCAAGUGAGAGGCCUCUUAAGCUAAAUGCCCCUGACAUGAUCCGGCGGGAGAUUGAAGAGGACCUUAGACGAGAGCAGGAACUUCAAGAAUUACGAGAGACCACCAGUCUGUCCCUCUCAACAGACAAAGACAUGAAAGCAUCUGGGCACACACUACCAGCCAUCAUGACCCCUAAAGUUUCUGACCAAAACAACAGCAUCCAGACUUUAUUAAACAGUUCCUAUGAGAAUGUAUUUGAGAAUGAUGCUGUCCAACAUGAAAAAUCUACACAGAGGACUAGUCAAAAUCACUCCUAUUCCAGAAACGUGGAUUCCAUUCCUGUGACACCCACAUCUAUAGCAGGUCCAAGUGCAAGACUUCCAUCUGUGUCCAUGAUGACAGCUCAGCCUUGGAGUGGCCUGAAAUCCACAUCUCCUGCAGUCCUGAGGGCAAUUACUAAUCUUCCCUCUAGUCUGCUAACUGAAACCUCCUCCAGCUCUUCCCAAAAAGGUCUGACUGAAACACUGCUAGAGGAUUUUGAGGAAAGACGAAUCAGGCAGAAGCUUGAGGAAAGCUCUUAUGCUGGGAUUCAGCCUGUUGAUGACAUCAAUAAUGAGGUCGUAGAAGUGACUCGUGUGACGCGGCACAAAAACACAAGGGCUAUGCGCUGGGAGGCUGGCGUAUAUGCUAAUGAAAAGGACAACUAA